UGUUGUAUAAAUGUAUAGGUCUAGGGCAGAAUUCGCCUUUGUUGCAGAGUACACAUGCAUUUUUGGAUUGAUCCUUUAACAUCUUGUGUGGGAAUUAUCAGCAGAAGAAUUACAAAUCCCAAAUGAAGCUGGUCAUCACCCUCUCCUUGUUACUGAUUAGUCUUGAAGUCCAGUGCUAUCAACUCCCAGGACACAACGAUGACCAGGCUAGCCAAGGAGACAAGACAUUACUGGAACAGCCACAUCUUUCUUCAGAAGAACAGAGACAGGAUUCCUCCAGCUAUCUUAAGAUAGGUCCCAGUAACUCUGACUUUGCAUUCGCAUUCUACAGGAACAUAGCUUCAGGCACGGGUUCAAGGAACAUUUUCUUCUCCCCAAUCAGCAUCUCUGCAGCUUUUGCACUGCUGACCCUGGGUGCCAAGUCGGAAACCCAAAGUCAGAUUCACAAAGGACUCGCGUUUAACCUGUCAGUGACUGAGGAGAAUGAGAUACACAAAGGAUUCCGCCACCUCAUCCAUGCCCUUCACCGCCCGGAUAACAAAGCACAGGUGAAGAUGGGAAAUGCCUUGUUCAUUGAGCAGUCGUUGAAAUUUCUGCCUAAGUUCUUGGAGGAUGUCAAAACCUUCUAUGAAGCAGAAGGCUUCCUCACCAACUUCACCAUUCCCAGAGCGGCUAAAAGGCAGAUAAAUGAUUACGUGCAGAACAAAACUCAGGGGAAAAUAGCCCAUGCGCUCGAGGACCUCGAUCCAAGCACUAUACUGGUUCUUGUGAACUACAUCUUCUUCAAAGCUUACUGGCAGCACCCUUUUGACACUCACAUGAUCCGGGAAAAAGACUUCAUUGUGGAUGCAAACACUACGGUGAAAGCCAGCCUGAUGUAUCGAAAAGGCUACUACAAAUACCUCCAUGAUGAAGACUUGUCUUGCUGGGUGGUGGAGAUUCCAUACAAAGGAGAUGCCACGUCUUUCUUCAUUCUGCCUGACGAAGGAAAACUGGAGCAUGUGGAAGGUGCAUUGGUAAAAGAAAGUCUGUCUAAAUGGAUAGCAUCUUUUAAAACAGACAAUAUACGUCUUUUCAUCCCCAAAUUUUCCAUUUCUGCAUCCUAUGAUGUCAAAGACUUAUUACAGAAGAUGGGUGUGCAAGACGUCUUUAAUGACGCUGCUGAUCUGUCUGGCAUUACCGGAGAACGUGACCUGAUGGUUUCCAAAGCCAUUCACAAGACUGUGCUGGAUGUUAACGAGAGUGGCACUGAGGCAGCGGCAGUCACCACGAUAGAGUUUAUGUUCCGUUCCGCUCCAUUUCAACCUGUACUUACUAUCAGUUUCAACAGACCCUUCCUGAUUAUUAUUUUAGAUAAGGCAACAUGGAGCAUUCUCUUCCUGGGGAAGAUCAUCAACCCUACCGUUGGUAUAUAUUGGGGUUCUGCAGGGGGAAACAAACUAAAACUGGGAAGCCUUCCAUGCCCCUAUCAUAAGGAAGAAUUUCUCUAUGGAGAUAAAUGGAUGGCACUAGGCCAGGAGAAUCAGGAUAUUUUCAUUGUCGAAGAAUACUUACCAAUCCUAAUGAAGGCCUUAAUCUCCCUCUCCUUACUACUGAGUGUUCUCCAAGUUCACUGUCACCACAUCCCAGGACAGCCUAAGGACUCUGAGGGUCAUGGAGAUAAAAUGAUAUUUGAACACCCAUAUCCUUCUGUGGAAGAAGAACAGGGUCAAAACUUGACGUACGCUCAUGAGAUUGCUCCCAGUAAUGCCAACUUUGCAUUUAGAUUCCACAAACAAAUAGCUUUAGGUGAAGCUGCCAAAAAUAUUUUCUUCUCUCCGGUCAGCAUCUCCAGCAUUUUUGCAGCACUGACGCUGGGUGCCAAAUCUGAAACACAAAGCCAAAUUUACAAAGGACUUGCUUUUAACCUUUCGGAGACUGAAGAGCACAAAAUACACAAAGGAUUCCAUCAGCUCAUCAGUGCCCUGAAUGAUCCAAACAACAAGGCCCUGAUUAACACAGGGAAUGCCUUAUUCAUAGAUGAGCCGCUGAAAAUACUUCCAAAAUUCCUGGAAGAUAUCAAAACCUUGUAUGGAGCUGAAGCCUUUUCAUCCAACUUCCAGAAUUCAUCGGCAGCUAAAACUCAAAUAAAUGAUUAUGUGCAGGCCAAAACUCAUGGGAAAAUACCCCAUGCGGUUGAUGAGCUUGAUCCAACGACUGUGAUGGUUUUACUGAACUACAUCUUCUUCAAAGCCCAUUGGAAAUAUCCUUUCAACACUCACUUUACAAAGGAAGAAGAUUUUUUUGUAGAUGCAAAUACAACUGUGAAAGUCAACCUAAUGUAUCGAAAUGGCUAUUACAACUUCCUCCAUGAUGAAGAGCUGUCUUGCUCAGUGGUGGAAAUUCCAUACAAAGGAGAUGCCAGCGCAUGGUUCAUUCUGCCAGAUGAAGGGAAAAUGAAGCAGGUGGAGGAUGGCUUGAGCAUGGAAUUUCUGGAUAGAUGUAAAAGAUCCUUCAUAUACGAAGAAAUGCACCUGUACCUUCCAAAAAUUUCCAUUUCUGGAUCCUAUGAUGUCAAAGACACAUUGCAGAGAAUGGGUGUGACUGAUGUCUUUAGCAACAAGAAUGCUGACCUGUCUGGAAUUACCAGUGAACCCGAUCUGUAUGUUUCCAAAGCCAUUCACAAGGCUGUCGUGGACAUUCAUGAGGGUGGCACUGAAGCCGCCGGAGUCACAGUUAUAGAGCUUUCACCAAGGUUUGGAGGUCUUGCUCCUAAUCCUAUCUUUAAGAUCAACAGACCCUACCUCCUUCUAAUUAUGGAAAAGAAAACACACAGUGCCCUCUUCUUAGGGAAAAUUGUGAACCCGACUGAAAAAUGAGUAUGUGAUCAGAUCGAAAUUUCCCAUUGCAAUUUCCCCUGAUCUUUAAAACAUGGAUUUCCUCACUUUGUACUAGCCUAACCCCAGUAGUGUUAUCCGAUUUGCUUUGAAAUUAAAUAAGGCAAUGAGCACAAAUCACUGCUGGAAUAAAAUGAUUUGAAAAUAU